AUGGCAAAGCUUUAUUUUCAGGUUUUGAAUAAUGCUACUUUGGCUUUACUUUCCCGUCAAACUUCUUUAUAUAAUUUAUCGUUAUUGAGCGAAAGAAGUGACAGGUCAACUUUUUCAUUAUCAAAACAAAGCCCAACUUUGGCUCGACCAUUCGGAACGAGUUCCAACUCGCAAUGCAAAGAUUCCGAUUCUAAUUAUAAGUUAUAUCAUCUGGUGAAACCUUCAGAGCACGGUCCAUCUGAUUUGCAAGACAAAAUGGUCACCGAAAUUUAUCUCACCAGAUUGUUAACUAUGAAGGGUACUCUUCAGAAAUUCAUUCAAGAUUUACUGGAAGUUAUUUUUUCAACUUCUGGACUUAAUGGGCUCUUUCCAGCAUGCAUUAAAUAUAUGUUCGAUUUUAUGGACGACCAGGCUCGAGAACAUGGUAUUGAUGAUGAUGAAGUUGUGCAUGCUUGGAAAAGUAAUUCGUUGCCGUUGAGAUUCUGGGUUAAUCUUAUCAAGAAUCCGCAUUUUGUGUUUGACAUUCAAAAACCAACAAAGCUGGAGGGCUGCUUAUCCGUGAUUGCCCAAACAUUAAUGGAUGCUUGUUCGACUCAAGAUCAUCAGUUGACAAAAGAUUCUCCUAGCAGCAAAUUACUAUUCGCUAAAGAUAUAUAUCAAUAUCGUGAUUGGGUUGAUAACUAUUACAGCGAAAUUCGAGAAAUGCCACCAAUAAAUGAACAGGAUAUGAAUGCUUUGUUGGCGGAAGAAUCUCGUUGCCAUGCUCGUGAUAGAUUUCAUAUUUUUAGUGCCCUCAAUGAACUUUACAAGUAUUUGGAGCAAUAUAAGGAACAAUUACGUGAAGAACUUGAUUCAAAUCAAUAUGCCAUUAAUCAGAAACUUCCUCAAAAGUUUCAAGAAAUGUUAAACACGAUGGAAUGUUUAAGUGAUCAGUGCAGUAAUGGUAGCGUGGGAACAGUGAUUAACCAUUCGAAUCGAAUUUAUCGCAGGCCCAAAGAGGAACGAGUUUAG